ACAAUUUCCUUCCAUUAUUGUCACAUAUUUUUUGUUGUUUAAAUUACACAUUCUGUAACUUUUUUUAGUGAUGAAACAAAACAUAUACAGCUAAUCUUUUUUGACAGAAGCGCACGGAGAUAAAAUGUUAUUUGUUAAAUAUUUUUUUGUAAAUAUUUGCUAAAAGAGUAAUUGUAGAAUGUGAUCACAAUGGGCGGUUGCAUCGGUAUAACUAGGAGCAGAAGCGGGCCAAUAGAAGAAUCCUCGGGAACGGUGUCACGUCCCAAUUCUGGCGGGUUGAGGAAGAAUCAGUCGCUCUGCCACGAGACGAUAAGGUGGAAAUCGGACGUGCCAUUGACCGAAGGACAGUUGCGGAGUAAACGGGAUGAGUUUUGGGACACAGCACCAGCGUUCGAAGGUCGGAAAGAGAUCUGGGACGCGCUGCGGGCGGCGGCGGUGGCGGCCGAGGCGAUGGACUUCCAGCUAGCGCAGGCCAUCCUCGACGGCGCCAGCGUGUCCGUGCCCAACGGAUACCUCACAGAGUGCUACGACGAGUGGGGCACGAGAUACCAGGUGCCGAUAUACUGCCUGUCGCCUCCCAUCAACAUGGUGAAGGAGGCAAGCGGGCGCGACUCGCCAGCGGAGUGGUCGGAGCCAGUGGACGGCGGCGCCGAGCUGGCGUUGCGUCUGCGCCUGUCGCACACGUGCCGUGACGUCACGCUCAGCGCGUACUCGAGGCACACCGUCGCGCAGUGCAAGAAUAAGCUGCACGCGCAAGAGAAUAUCGAGCCGUGGCGGCAGCGGUGGUUCUACGGCGGCAAAUUGCUUGGCGACCGCUUACUGCUGGAGGAAGCUCGUAUCACACCCGGCUACGUCGUGCAAGUCAUCGUCAGCACCGACCCGCAGCCGCCCAGCUAGUCGCCAGGACGCACCGGUAGGCAUCUUCGAUAUCCAACCCUGACCCGAAGGAUUUCGGUUCAGUUUGAAGUGCAGCGUUCUCUUGCAAUAGUAUACAGCUCCUUUUACAUCUCUGAUAAAAUUCUACUCUGAUACAAAGGGUUUAGGUUCCAUAUUGAUAUUCCUUAUAAUAGAGAGUUUCGUUGACUGACCCGCAGCCGACCAGCUAGUCGACAAGACACACUGGUAGGAAUCUUCGAUAAUAAAAUUCAACCCUGACUCGAAGGUUUUAGGUUCAGUUUGAAGUGCGACGUUCUCUUGCAAUAGUAUACGGCUCCUUUUACGUCUUUGAUAAAAUUCUACUCUGAUACAAAGGGUUUAGGUUCAUAUUCCUUGCAUAGGGUUUCGUUUACCGACUCGCAGCCGACCAGCUAGUCGCCAGGACGCACCGGUAGGCAUCUUCGAUAUCCAACCCUGACCCGAAGGAUUUAGGUUCACUUUGAAGUGCAGCGUUCUCUUGCAAUAGUAUACAGCUCCUUUUACAUCUCUGAUAAAAUUCUACUCUGAUACAAAGGAUUUAGGUUCAUAUUCCUUGCAUAGGGUUUCGUUUACCGACUCGCAGCCGACCAGCUAGUCGCCAAACGCACUGGUAGGAAUCUUCGAUAAUAAAAUUAAACCCUGACUCGAAGGAUUUAGGUUCAGUUUGAAGUGCAGCGUUCUCUUGCAAUAGUAUACAGCUCCUUUUACAUCUCUGAUAAAAUUCUACUCUGAUACAAAGGGUUUAGGUUCCAUAUUCCUUAUAAUAGAGAGUUUCGUUGACUGACCCGCAGCCGACCAGCUAGUCGACAAGACGCACUGGUAGGAAUCUUCGAUAAUAAAAUUCAACCCUGACUCGAAGGUUUUAGGUUCAGUUUGAAGUGCAGCGUUCUCUUGCAAUAGUAUACAGCUCCUUUUACAUCUCUGAUACAAAGGAUUAAGGUUCAUAUUCCUUGCAACAGAGGGUUUAGGUUACUGACCCGCAGCCUUCCGAUUCGCCAUCUGGUAAGCAUCUUCAGUUAACCCUAACACAAAGGAUUUAGGUUCAGUUUGAAGUGCAGCGUUCUCUUGCAAUAGUAGACGAAGGUUUUCAAAUUAGAUUUAUUCUAAGUACAGCUUAUUCUUUUAAUAGAAUAGAAUUUUUUGGUCCGCUAAUUGGUGCAGGUCAUCGUUAGCAUCAACUUUCGAAUCUUUGCAAAUUUGACGCUACUAUAAAGAAGUAAGGUUCAUUUCAAAGUCUGUUAACGUGGAUACAAAUAUUUAGGUCGCUGUGUUACAUUACAUUUGAUAUACUAUUGCAAGAUUGCGCUCUAUAACUUAUUUUCAUUCAAUCAUUGUGUAUAAUAUUAAUAGUGGCAAUUUCUUUAGGGUUGCCACUUUAUAAAUAUCGUAGAUAGCGCACUUUACCAAUGAUAAAAGUAGUAUUUCUUGUUUCUUCAGUCUUAUUCAAUGUGUAGCAGAAAACGUUAGUACUGAUGAAAAAAAUAAAUAGAUUCGACACCAUUUUAGCUUAUGGCUGUUUUAUCUCUUCUCAUAAUACUGAUUACUCUGUGAUAAAAGAAAUAAAAUAAUAAAUAGUCAGUUCAAAAGGUGAUGAUGUUAACAAAGUUUCCGUGAUAUUGGGACUGAGGCAUGUUGCUAUUACAAAUAUUUAAUAUGCAAAAAGAACUAUUUUUAUCAUUGGGUCUUUAAAAUUUUAAAUAUGUAGAUGUCUACCAAUAAAGCUAAAAGCCAUUCAUGUUCAGGACAUUAAUCUAAAAUAAAUGUAAUUGAUCAACAAAAAAAUAUAGGAUUCGAUUAAAUUGUUGUUAUAAAAUGUGUAAUUGAAAUAAUGCAAAUUGCAAAAACACACCACUACUGAUAUUUGAGCUUCAUUAUUUAUUUAUUCGGAUGACUAUAAAGCUAUUUUUUUUUUAUUUCUUGUCUUUUGUUUAUGGUCUGUGGCUACAACUUAUAUGACGUAUUCACGUGUUGCCAUACUGAGAUUCGGAAAACAAAAUUUAAUAAAAACUAGCAUAAUCAAUUUUUUUCUCGAUUCCUAACAGUCUCGAAAGUAAUAUUGCAUAUUGCAAUUCAAUUACAUGUCAUACAUUAAUAUUUAGUUAGUAAUAUUUUAACACUACAAAUUAUUUUGAUAUUUAAAUGUGUACAAUAGUGCUUCAGUUACAUACAUUGGAUGUAAAGAUUAUUUUCUUUAAAAUAAUUUGUUUUAUUUUCUAUUUUAUUAUAAUGGGGUUAAUUUUUUAUCUCUAUUUUGCGUUAGUUUGUUUUGUAAUCUGUUGUUAUUUAAUAAAUGUUCGUGCGUCUACUCCGCAAAACGGUUUCGAUAUAAUUUGAUCUCUGUCCCUCUCAUUAAUAUUCCAGUGUGAGUGAGAGAGACAAAGAUAAUCGAAUGUUCCAAAAUCUUUCUGCGGAGUAUGUGCUUUUGAAAUAAUGCAUUAUCGAUCGUGGGAAUAAGUUUUAUUUGAUUCAAAACUCGUUACAAAAAUCUUUUAAUCGUUCCCUCGUUCUAAAGGUCGGUAUGUGGCUUCCUGUGUUGUGCUUUCAGUCACAAAUAACAGUGCUAAGGUCAUCAUAUUACCAAUUGUUCUUAAAUCUAAAAAAAGCCCCAAAGUAGUUAAUAAUAUCUUGGGAUGACUGCAUUAAAUAAGUUUGUACUAACUACUAAGGCCUUACUCCGUAAAACUAUCAUAUUCGAUUACUUCUGUCUUUUUCACUCAAACUAGCAUAUUUCAUGAGCGAAUGAGACGAGCGGAGUCGAUAACAAGUUUUGCGAAGUACGCCCCUGCUAUAACGACUAUAAAAUCAAAUAUGUAUAUGUAUGUUGUAUGUGCUCAUAAACGACUGUCUACAUUGAGUGUGAAGUGAAUGAUUCUGUACUUUUAGUUAGAUUUAAUACAACACUCAUUAUUUAUUGAGAGGUAUGUUAUAAAAUUUGAAUGGCUCAUUAGAUUUCUUCUAAUAAAUUCAAUAAUGAGUG